GUACACUUAAAAUAUAAUUUAAUAAUAUGUGCAGAUGGGGGGGUCCCAGACAGCGGGAGCGGGGGACACCACGAGUUCCCAGACACUCAGUUUCUCACUUCAGACUGUUAUUGGACGGGCUGCGUUACGACGAUAUCGUUUGGCAGCCAUACUCCGACGACGUUCUCCAGUCCAUCCCACAGAUGUACCUGACAGGGCGACAUAUUUGGCGUGCCCGAGUGCCAAUGAUCUACUAUCACAUCGUGGAGUGGCACCAGCCGGAUAGGGUUCUGCAGCAGUUCGGCUUACAGCAGCCCAUUCCCCUGCCUGCUAUGCAAGAUCGGCGCCUUCAUAACAUCCAGUAUCAGGGGAACUACAACUUUGAUGAACUGCUCUCAGAUUACAUUCAGAUUUGGAACAACAGAGCGGCUUACGUUGUUCAGGGUUACCAGCUCCAGCGUCCACCUCACUACCAUUCAGCGUAUAUGGAGUGGUUUCGGAGCCGCAGCCGGCGUUGGAUUACCCAUGAGGGCGCAGCGGCCGGACAGAGUCGCGACACUUUCGAGAUGAUCGCCCUUCAGAGAGAGGCGCGUGCGUCUAGGAUUGGGACUGCUGCACGCAGUUCUCAAUUAGCUUACGGAGAGGAGCGCCGUGACGUCACACUGCCCCCACCAGAGCCAGCAGUUCCGGCUUACGUACUACCUCCUCUUCCUCCCCUGACCAUCGAUCUGGCUCACAUCAGGGGAGCGCGUAGACGGCAGCCUAGAGCCGCCCCGCCUCGCGAGCGCCCGGCAGACCCUAUCCCCCCACCGGUCUACUUCCACUUCGAUCCGACAGCCACCACAUAGAGACGGGGGGAGUACUAUGGCCCGACUCAGUACUACGGUUCCACUUCCACUUCAGCAUCACAGCCUCCGUGGCAUCAGACCUAUUUCCCACAGGGACCCCAGGUAUCAUCGUAUCAGGUCCCGCCUUCGUCGAUGCCGUUUUUUGAGCCGUCGUACGGACAGACAGCAUAUACCACUUCUCUGGGCACACCACCGGCGUCUCAGUUCCAGCAGGCCACACCACCGGCGUCUCAGUUCCGGCAGGCCACACCACCGGCGUCUCCGUUUCGGCAGACCACACCACCGCCGUUUGCUGCAUCAGAUCAGUAUUACCGUCCAGCGCCAUAUACAGAUGCUCAACCGUUCACGUCUUUCGAUCAGUGUUACCGUCCCACGAUGCCUUCGGAUGAUCAGCCGUCGACGUCACAUUCGCGGCCAUCUUCUUCUCACCAGGCCCAGGAUCCAUCACAGCUACAUUUUACACUGUCAGAGUCAUGGUUAUUCGGUCCGGAGAUCGGUUCAGAGGCGUACGAGGAGCUUUUAUCACGACCGGAUCUCACACCUCCAUCUUUUAGACUCCUACCGCCCACACAGGAGGAGACCGGUACUGCACCACCAGCAGCAGACGUUCAGCAUUCAGCUCAGGACGAGGACGCCACCGACAGCGGCGAGAGCCCUCCGGUACCCAGACAGUUUCACUCGAUCACAGACAGCUCGCGGCACCGACAAGAGACUCACGGUUUGAGGAUACAGAGACCGAGGACUCGUAGAUAUGAGGAUUAGAUUUCAUAUUUUUCUUUAUUUAUCGAUUUUUGUAUUUUAGUAUAUGUUGUAUGUUUACUAUAUUAUGUAUAUUAUAUUCGUGUGUUAUAAUUGUUAUAAUUUUUCCGUCGUCUCUUAGAGGACAAGAAUCCAUUCGGAAACUCAAAAUCAGUUUGUUGUUCUGUAAUGAGAGUGAAUGAGGUGUGUUUAUUUUAGAGACUAAGUUAUAUAUGCAAAACCAAGGCUCAGAGAUACAAAUUAAGUGACCUA